AUGAAUCGCUUCUCGAGCGGUGGAGAACUUGUGACUCCAUUUGAUCGGCAUCUUCGUGACGUCUAUGAAGGUCGUGCACGAGAUGGUCUUGCAUUUUUUGAAGCGCACGGCUAUUUCGAUGUAAGCGAGACAGCAAAUACUGUGCAAAUGUUUCGCGAGAAUGUGAGUCUGAACGAGUUUUGGGAUGGCCGAGAAGACCAUGAUACAAUUAGUUACAUUGAGCGGACUAUAGUUUAUCCUUUUGGCUCGAAAAGCAAGGUACCAAGCAGUCGCAUGCGCAGUGAACUUCAUCGGACAGACUCCGGGAGGUUUACGCUUUUAGAUGACGACGGUAAUCCAAUGACGGAAGAUGAUUUAUUAGAAAUGGAACGUGAAGAUCGUCUUAAGGUGAAGAGCAUAGAACUAGAUGAAGCAGAUAUGGCCGAGCUAGAGCACGAAAUGAUGUGCGUGAAAGAGGCAAUUGAAGUGAUCCGCGUUGAGAAGUAUCGAUUUCAGCGCGUGUUUUAUCGAGCUUUCUAUAUGGAAGAUGAUAAAAAAGCAUCAAUUGGCUUGAAUGAACGACAGAAUGCACCUGAAAAUGUUGGAAUUCCACAACUUUCACCCUCGAUAGAACUAGUGGAUCUGCCACCAUACAGUGGUAACCUUUUUGUGCUUCGAGAAACUAUGGUUUUGCUCCGACGUAGCUGGUGCAAGCGCUGGUGCACGCUUGACUUUCGGGAAUCUCUAAUGAAAAUGUUUAAACGCAGUUACUGGCAAAGACCUCGUGGCGACAUUGAUUUGCGUUCUGUAACGAAGGUAGAAAUGACGGGGCAAUGUGGUUUUCGCAUCGAGUUUCGAAUAGGUAACAUGAUACUUAUGCGUGCAAAGAACGAAAAAGAAGCGACACAUUGGGUACAACGAUUGCAUUUUGUAAUGCAGUUAAUGCGAAUACGACGUCCAGAGGUCUUACAACUCACUAAUAGUUAA